AUGUCUGACCUGGAAGGGGACUCUUCCGACUAUUUUGAUGAUGAUCUCAGGGAUUUCGUUGUUGACGAUGACUCUGAUGCCGCAGCCACGCCGACCGAACGGAGUUCUCCCAGGCCGGCCAAGCGCCGUCGCCUGAAAGCCAACAAGCAGAACCUAUCACUGCGAAAGAUUCAACAUGACCGACGUGACACGCGAGAGACCUCACAUUAUUCUAGCGAAGGCGAGGACGAGGAGUUACGCUCUCCAGAGCGACCAUCACAUCACUUCCGCGAUUCUGAGGAGCCGGAGGCGUAUUCCAAGUAUAAACUGUUCGUGCCCAAGAACAGAAAUGUCCAGGAGAACAUCUUCGUCACCCAACUCACGCAACCUCAAUCACCUCCAGAGAUGAUCCGAGGCCCGCGAUGGAAGAAGCCGGACCCAGAGUUACCUCCCCCGAUGAACGUUCCGGCAACAUACGCAGUGAGCGGAAGAGGCGAGUGUGAUGAGACCAAUGAUGAAUUUGACGACGAUGACGCCCUAAAGGCGGCCAUUGAGGCUUCGUUGCAAUCAUUUGAGAAAGAAAGCUCUAAAGAAUUUCACAAGACAGCUCUUAAUCACCUAAAGCCUUCAUCGUUGGAUCGCUCCUCGAGUGAACAGACAGGCGAAGCCAUGGAUAUUCCUGCAGAAUUUCUGAACGACAUACCGGACGAUGCCUUUGACUCCGAUCUAUCCUUGUCUCCUCCUCCCCCAACUCAUGGUCGACUGGUAUCAGGCACUUUUACGCAGAGUGUCAAUCGUCCACUGGUCCGGAGUCCAGCAAACCAGCCCCCGCGAGGCGAACAGUUCAUGUCACCACCCGAGAAGGAAGCUUUAGAUACAUGGGUUUAUCCCACCAAUUUGGGGAAAACCAGAGAUUAUCAGUUCAACAUCGCCCAGAAAGGAUUAUUCCAUAACCUGCUCGUGGCGCUGCCCACUGGUCUAGGUAAAACGUUCAUUGCAGCCACCAUCAUGUUGAAUUGGCUACGAUGGACCAAAGACGCUCAGAUCGUAUUUGUCGCGCCUACAAAGCCGCUAGUCGCUCAACAGAUAGACGCAUGCUUUCAAAUCGCAGGAAUUCCACGAUCCCAGACCACAAUGCUCACCGGCGAAGCUGCCCCUGGCAUCAGAGCUCAGGAAUGGAAGGCGAAACGCGUUUUCUUCAUGACACCCCAAACCUUAGUCAACGAUCUCAAGACCGGGAUUGCAGAUCCUAAGCGCAUCGUUUUGCUUGUUGUAGACGAGGCGCAUCGCGCCACAGGAGGGUAUGCCUACGUGGAGGUUGUGAAAUUUCUUCGACGCUACAAUCAAAGUUUCCGUGUCCUCGCUUUAACUGCAACGCCUGGCUCUACGGUGGAAGCUGUCCAGGCAGUGAUUGAUGGGCUGGAUAUCUCCCGAGUUGAGAUCCGCACAGAACAAUCCCUCGAUAUCCGGGAAUAUGUUCAUGCAAAGGACAUAGAAGUGCAAACAUUCCAGAAUUCCGAGGAAAUGGUUCUGUGCAUGGAUCUAUUGACGAAGACACUCCAACCUUUAGUUGACCAGCUUCGGAGUCUCAAUGCUUACUGGGGCCGUGAUCCUAUGGGACUUACUGCAUUCGGAUUGACAAAAGCCAGACAGCAGUGGAUGAUGUCGGACGUUGGUCGGAAUGCACAUUUCGGGUUGAAGGGCAAAGUGAAUACGAUCUUCACCGUUCUUGCCAGCCUUGCCCAUGGGAUCGAUCUCUUAAAAUAUCACGGAAUCACUCCGUUUUACCGCCACCUUGCGCAUUUUCAGUCCAAUACUGAUGGGCAGAAGGGUGGGAAAUAUCAACGACAAGUUGUUCAGGAUGAGAGCUUCAAGAAACUUAUGAACCAUUUGCAACCGUGGACUAAGAGCCCAGAAUUCAUUGGCCACCCCAAGCUGGAAUACUUGAAGCAGGUUGUCUUGAACCAUUUCAUGGACGCGGGCGAAGGUGCGGGUACAGGCGAGGACCAGGCGAAACCAGCAACCAGAGUGAUGAUCUUCGUGCAUUUUCGAGACAGCGCCGAAGAGGUAACGCGAGUCCUCAAAAGGUACGAGCCGAUGAUCCGACCCCAUGUUUUUGUUGGACAGAGUAGCGCCAAGGGCUCAGAAGGAAUGAACCAGAAAACUCAACUCGACAUUGUGCAGAAGUUCAAGAACGGCACUUACAACACAAUCGUUGCAACCUCGAUCGGUGAGGAGGGUUUGGAUAUCGGCGAGGUCGACCUGAUCGUCUGUUACGACUCGUCCGCGUCACCAAUUCGCAUGCUUCAACGCAUGGGACGUACUGGCCGGAAGCGAGCGGGUAACAUUGUGUUGCUUCUGAUGCAAGGCAAGGAGGAAGAGUCCUAUAUUAAGGCAAAGGACAACUACGAGAAGAUGCAACAGAUGAUUGCUAGCGGCACCCGAUUUACUUUUCAUGAAGACCAGUCCCCUCGUAUCCUUCCCUCGGGGAUCCGGCCUGUAGCUGAUAAACGGGCGAUUGAAAUACCCGAGGAAAAUACUGUGCGAGAGCUGCCUGAGCCUAAGCGGAAAGGCCGACCUCCAAAGAGGCCACCCAAGAAAUUCCAUAUGCCAGAUAAUGUGGAAACAGGCUUCACGAAAGCGUCCAGCUUGGCUGAAGGCGGCAAGCGUAGGGAAGCAAAGAAAAGUAAGGCUCGCACGCCUACUCCAGAGCCCGUUGAUCUCCCGGCACUCCAAGAUGUCCUGCUUACUCCAGCGCAGCAAAACGAGCUUGAUGUUCAUUACAGCAAGGCAGGACAGUCCGAUGCACCGUCAAUCUGCAAUCCUCGAACUGACGCUUUCCCGCGCCUUCAGCUCGCUCCCCGGCCUACUAAAGCAGUACAACAUGGGUCUCUGACCCGCCGCAUGAUUGGGACCCUGCAGAAAAUGGAUCGAGUUUCCGCGGACUGCGAGCAGCAAUACCGGCGUGUCUUAGCGCUGAGCCCGGACAAUGUGUCCCGGCUGAACCCUUCAUUCAACCCUUCACCUUCCUCCAAAUCUCCCAAACAAGCUCCCCUCUCUGUCCGCAUCGGCGAAGGUCAGCCCCUCGCCGUGCAACCCCGCUUGCAGCAUUCCGCUGACCACCAGCAUCGUGCUGCUUCUAGGGACCUCCUCCGGCGCCUCAACCCCCGCGACACCAAGCAGAACUUACAGGCAAUCACCACCAUUGUCCCUGACCUGACCGAAGAUCUCUUAUCGUCCGUUGAUCAGCCCCUGGAGAUCCGCCGCUGCCCCAAGACAAACCGGGAUUACUUGCUCUGCGACUACAACCGGGAUGGCGACAGCUACCGGUCACCCUGGAGCAACGAAUUCGACCCCCCUCUCGAUGACGGAACAGUGCCCAGUGAGCGGGUGAGAAAGCUCGAGGUUGCUGCCAACGAGGCCUUCGAUGUCUACCGGGAGCUAUACUACGAGGGCGGCGUGGGGAGCGUGUACUUCUGGGACUUGGACGAUGGGUUUGCGGGCGUGAUUCUGCUCAAGAAGGGUGCGUCGGCUUCUAUCUCCUAUACUCAACAGUCAGAGGGCUCGUGGAGCUUGGUUGCAGGAAGUGGGGGCAUUUAA